AUGAAGAAAAAGCUCUGUCUUGGAGAGGCCCUGUCUCUUCUGGCGGCUUUCCAACUCUAUCUGGCUUCGAGCUAUUUGAAGGACCAUUCCAUGAUGGUAUUUUGCAUCGAAAGCUUUUUGUCUACUCUGAUUGUUUUAAUGGGAUCUGCCCCAUUUGCAAUUAAGGGCAUUACUUUCAAGGAGGUCGUUCAAACCCAAUCGGAGUAUCUCCCACUCAUACUCUUUGCGCUCGGGGAAUACUCCUCAUGGUACCGAGGCGCCGGGAUGACAUCCCUGAAGACGGGCAUGGCUACAAGGGGUGCAUGCUAUCCAUUGUCUGUGGUACUGAUGUUUAUGCUCUCGAGAACAUCUAAGGAAAACAUCCUCAGGAGCAUUGGGCUGAUCCUGAUCGUCCUAAUGAACAUGUAUAAGUCGAUCAAAUACAGCGACGAGGGGUUCUUUGAUGCUCUAUUCGGGGCCAUCUACUUGGUAUUUUAUGUGGUUUCCAGCGUCUCCUCCGACUUUAUAACUGUCUGUAUGACAAAUAGAAACGGACUUGCCAAGUUUCUUUUCAUAAGCUCUUUCUACAUCUGCAUAUGCUCAUUUAUUGUGCUAAUAGACUUCGACCUGGGAUGCAGCGACAUUCACAUGUUUAUAGAAAGGAAUAUCCAGAAGUCUAUUCUUCUUGUGGGUAUCUCCUCGCUGUCCAGGGUUCUGAGUGCAUUCUAUAUCCAGAGAUUUGGAAUAGUUGCAUACAACACAACCAAGAUAUCGAACUAUAUCUACUUCAUCAUCCUGAGGAGCAUUGGGGGGUUUGAGUGGGCCUGGAGAUUUGAGGACACGUUGUUCCAUCUGGCCACCUACCUUCUGAUCCUUUUCUUCAUCAGCUCUGAUGAGUCUCGCGAAGGAAGCUUGGGCUUUGUUGUAUGA